UGCUGUUGUCGAGUUUAUUUGGAAAUUUGUCUGUAAAUAAUCACUGAGGGAGAGAUGACAUCUGACAUCAGUCAAGAGGAGUUGGACUUUGCAGAUUUGUUUCUUUAUAAUCCACCAGUGGAUGACUUUUCUGGUGGCUUUAUUCAAGAUAAUGGCGAGCAGCACCCCCUACUGGUGGUCAACACUGCGUUCGUUCAAGAUGCCCUCUCUCAUAGCCCUGCUAAUGAAAGUUCAUCAUCAGAGGUGGCCUUUGACUACAUGGGCUUGGCUACAACACCAGGGAUCAUUCCAGCUCCAAGCCCCAGGAUUGAGAUCACUCCAUCGGGGGACUCCCUAAACUCUCAGGCCCUGGAGCAGAGCCCUGGCUCCAAAGCCCCGGGGACCUACCGAGAGUGUGCAAGCCCUGCUAGUAGCAACUCCUCCACAGGCUGGCCAGCAGAAGGAUGCUCUCCAUCAGCCUCACCAAGCAUCUCUCCUUCCAAUAGGGGCAAAUGUGCCACAGAGUUGUCCACCCUAGACCUCUGCCACUACAUUGAGGGUAUCCACACUUCCUCUACCUACUCCUCUCCAGGAGGCUCUCCGGGUAACAGCUUCACCGAUGAGCCCUUCCUCCUGCCUCAACACCAAGGCACCCCCUCACCACUGGUCCAGCGCCGCUCCCGUUCUGUCUCACCACAGGGAAAACGCACCCAUAACCAGGUCUUCUCCGGUCACGAGACCACUCCAGUCAAACAACGCUCCCGCAGCUCCAGUCCUAUCCCCUUGGCCUACGACCUGCUGGGCCACCUCCACCACAGGCAGGUUCAAGAUGAGUUCCAGACCCAAACUCAGACCACGACAACAGGCCUGGAGGACCGCAGUCUCAACUCAUGUCAAGAAGUGGGGGGAAGCGCACAUGAGCCAAACGUUAGGCAAGAUUGCGUGUACAGGGAAGUUUAUGACCGGUUAGGAGCUGAGGCUGGGACUGGAAGCUUCUGUGUAGUCCCAACUUCAUGGCCUCCUCAUCCAGUCCACCUCGGAGCAUUUGGAAGCCUUUCCUUAGUCCCGCUCCCCUCUCUCGAGUGGCCAUUGCCCAGUAAGUCCGGUCAGUAUGAGCUGUUGAUCCAGCCUCAGCCAAGAUCUCACCACAGGGCUCACUAUGAAACCGAGGGCAGCCGCGGAACUGUCAAGACACCCAAUGGCGGACACCCAGAAGUCCAGCUCCGCGGUUACCAAGGCACAGCUCCGCUGGUGCUGCAGGUCUUCAUCGGGACGGCUGACGAGAGGCUGCUGAAACCCCAUGCCUUCUACCAGGUCCACCGAAUCACCGGGAAGACCGUGACCACACCAAACAUGGAGAGGAUGGUCAAAGGGACCAAAGUGUUGGAAAUCCCUCUCCAGCCAAAAAACAACAUGAGAGCUGUGAUCGACUGCGUGGGGAUCCUAAAGCUGAGGAACGCCGACAUUGAACUGCGGAAUGGUGAGACGGACAUGGGACGUAAGAACACCCGGGUUCGCUUGGUGUUUCGCGUCCACAUACCGCAAUCUGGAGGCCAGUUGGUGUCUCUUCAAGUGGCCUCGCUUCCUAUUGAAUGCUCCCAGCAUUCCGCUCAGGAGAUCCCUUUGGUCAAGAAGCAGAACCUCGACCGAUGCUCUGUACGCGGUAGACAAUAUAUGCUCCUGACUGGGCAAAACUUUACCUGUGACUCAAGGGUGAUGUUCUCAGAGAAGACACAAGACGGCCUGCAAAUCUGGGAGGUGGAGGCAACUGUGGACCGAGAAAAAUCCCAAGCUAAUAUGCUAUUGGUUGAGGUUCCUCCAUAUCGAGACCAGACCAUUUGCCAUGCAGCCAAAGUCAACUUCUAUGUCACCAAUGGGAAGAAGAAGCGCAGCGAGCCUCAGCACUUCAUCUACACCCCUGUGAUAGCCAUUAAAGCAGAGCCAUUGGAUGGGUGGCAGCUGAAUUUGUGUGCUUACUCAGACAUCCAAACUCAGUCUGGCACAUCAGCGAAGUCGCUCAUCUGUUGGUCGGAGCAGCAAAGCAAUCUUGAAGCCUUCAGUGUUUCCCCUACACGCUUCCAUUUAACCAAAGACACAGAGCAGCAGGACUUCCAACCAGUCUUCUACCAGUCAAGAGCUGGCAAUAUAAUCCACAACACUGAACUUCUUUAUCGCCCUACAAACCAACUUUACUAUAACAACUCUGCUGCUGUACUACAUGGAGGCUUGCUUACGCCGUCAAACCCUGCCAACAUCCAUGCCUUAGUAGUCCCGCUCCCCCAGGGUGUCACUAUCAAAAAUCCUUCAGGCAAACUGAGUCAAGGCUCUGAGAUCAACCAUACAUUCCAGGCCUAUUCGUCAACAAGACAUCACAGUACCGUGCAAGCGGUGCAGUCUUUGGAAAAGUCACCACCUUUGAGAUGGGUCCAAGGUGACAUUCAUGCGAAGGCUCAAACCCAAGACUCUAACCCUGACUCGGUCGCAGCCAACCGAGAUGCUCGGACGCAGGAGAGACUCACAGUCAAACAGGAAGACCUCAGCUGUGUCUACCUGGAAGAUGUGAAUGACAUCAUACGAAGAGACCUGAGAGACAACCACGGUGACGCUGGAGGACUGCAGCGUCAUGCACUCUAAGGAACAACAAUUGAGGAUGUGUAGGCCUACAUCAUCACCUGCAUCAAUGGUUUUCAAAGCGUAGUACAGUGAGCCUCCGCUCCGAGAAUAUUUGGGGGCUCCUCUACUCAAAAAACUGUUGGUUUUUUUUACAGUAUUGUGUUUUGUUUUCUGCUCAUUCCAGAAUCUGUCUAUAUCCUCACUGUAAAAAUAACUGCAUUUUGCCCUUUUGAUAUAACUUAAGUUAGCUUAUCAUGUUUAGAAAAUUGUUGAAUUAGUUUGGUUUUUUUUUGGUGGGGGGGUUCCAAGCAGUCGUGCCUCCCCUUAAGUCUUAAGGGUGGGCUCACAUUUUGAAUAACCCUGACCCACAUCAAAGACUUAAUUCCUAAAAGUAGCAUCUUUCAUGUUUUGGGGCAUUAUGUACAUUACAUGACUACGUAAAGGAGUAAAAUCUUGGUAAUAAUAAUACAAACAUGGCUAAUAUAUUGUACAUACCACCAAUUAUAGCCAUUGGAGAAUAAUCAGUAAUUGGCCAAUAGUUGGCCAAUUUACGCCAACGUGUACUUAUUUUUAAAGGUAAGAGAAGGGGAUCCAGGCCUUUUUCAGGUACUAUUCAAUUCGUGGCCUGAAGGCCAAUUCUGUCCUGUACAUGACACAAUCAGACUGGUCUGCGAGUGCGGUUAAAUACUUGCUAACAUUUUUGCCACAGAGUCCCAAAAACAGCAUCUCAAUGAAAUGAAUUACAGUUUUUGUUAUGCAUUUCAGUGGUUAAACUCAAAAGUGAAACUCUUCUAUUCUAUAAACUCACUACACAGAGAGUGAAAUAUUACAAUGUUUUUCUUAAUAAGUUUGAUAAUAUUAUAAUACAGCUAAUAAAAAAUUCCGUAUCUCAUACAAUUUGAAAAAUUGUCAAAAAGUUCAAUAUUGUAAACUGUUGGUUCGUGCGACAUUUGGUAUUGUCACUUCUUCACAGACAAGAAGUAUUGAACAUGUUGGACAUGUGCAUUAAAAAUUAGAGAAGCUCAAAUUAAGUUCACUUGUAAAGUUUAUACAGUAGUACAUUUUAGGUUCAUCCUGAAAUGUAUGUGAAAUAUCCCUAACUUCUUGUGAGCAGUAUAAAACCCCUGUGGGUUAUCUACUGGAAUCUACUGCAUUGUAGACAACAAAUGUUGCCAGGAAGUCUUAAUUCACAUAGACUUUGAAUGAUUAUUAUGCAAAAGUUGUCUGAAUGUUUUAUGCCCGAAAAUCGGUCAGGACCUGUAGAGGUGAAGAAUAGUCUUGCUUUUAAAUGAUCUGGGAAUGUAUAUGAUGAUUAUGCAUUUAAAGUGCGUAAAUUAAUAUGUGAACAUUCCCACCACUUUAAUAUUUGGCUGGCAGGAAUGAAGAUGCUAUUUCAACAUGAACGUGUUAUUUUUGAAACAUUAUUAACAUUAGUAGGUAGUUUUCAAUUAAAACUAUCUAUGUCGUUUUCAAAAUAAAAACAUCUUUGUUUGACUAAGAUACAAUUGAGUGUUUGUCUAGCUAAAAGUUUGUAUUAUUGGAGGCUUCCAAUCAGAGCCAGCUGUGCUCCAUG